AAAAAGUACAGACUACUCACUUUUUACGAGCUCACGUAUUUAUGCCGCCAUUUUGUGGGCAGUUUUGUCCAGUCUCUCUUCAAGGGUCUCUAGAUUAACCCAGGGAUAGUCGAACACGCUAUAAAUAAGGAUUACAGAAAAAACUACGAGCAACACUGACACGGAAAUUCGGCCGGAAAGUUUGCCUCUGUAGUUGCUGUCUAGCUGUGUUGGAAUUAUACCGGGUCCAUGUGUGAAAUUCAUUCCACUGACGAGACGGUUUUAAUUUUUGGAAUCAUCUACGCUCAGAAACGAAUGUAAUUGAGUACAUUCUUUUAAUAAAAAUUUCAGGAUGCCGUUAGCUAGAGAUUUCCUUCAUCCAAGCCCCAUCGAAGAAAAGCGGAAACAUAAGUUGAAGAGGCUUGUACAAAAGCCGAAUAGCUAUUUCAUGGACGUCAAGUGUCCUGGUUGCUAUGCAAUCAAAACAAUAUUUUCUCACGCACAGAGACCGGUGGAGUGCGAUGGGUGCCGCACGAUUCUCUGCACACCGACAGGUGGAAAAGCCCGAUUAACUGAAGGUUGCUCCUUCAGGAGAAAAGUACAAUGUUAGUGUAUAACUUCUUUCAUAUUUGCAAAAAUAAAUACAAAAUUAUUCUGUA